AUGCCCACCCCUCUUCCUUCCCCAUCCCAACUCUCUUCCCUCCUCUCAUCCAUCCGAGCACCUAUCUUCAACACAAUCCACAAUCCCACAAAUUCAAGGUUAGGUAACAAAUAUCUUCGUAGGGCGUUACGCGGUCCGACCAUGGUGGAAUAUUCCGGACAGGCCAUGCCGUCCUUGAAGACUCUGAAUUCUGAGGGCAAGCAAAGUCCGUAUGCCGGUUGGAGGGUAGGGUGGGUUGGUAAGAAAGUUAUUGAAGUUGAGAAUGUUGAGAAUCCAGAAUCUGAAGAGAAUAUGAAGAAUGAUAAUAAAAUAUUACAUCCUCCACCUGGUGAAGUUAAAAGAGAAUCUUGGUCAAAUGGUUGGUUAGGUGAUUUGGACGAACAUUGGAGGUUGGAAAAAGUUGAUUAUAUGAAAUCUAGGAAAAAGGGUCCUCCUAAGAAAGGACAAGGAAAAAGGUCUCAAAUGAAAAAACGAUGA